UGUUGUCUGAAAGUGAGGUUAUGAUUUUAAUGGAAUUAGUUUGCAACAUUUUCUAUCAAUUUUUUUGUUUAAAAAAGAAAGCGAGUAUUCUUAAAUGAACUUUGGUUAAUUCAACCAACGAUUUGUGAACAAUUUUGCCGGUAAUCAAGUUCAUACAAAUUGUGAGGGAAUUCAAGCUAUUCUAACUCACGUUCUGUGUCAACACGCACUGACGUCAUGAACAGGUCAAGUUCGAGUUAGCGCUGGUGUGUUUACCUGUGUUUUACAUGUUUAGAAGCAAGUUUUCUUGUGAUUUCCUUCAAUGUGAACAGCGCACCUAACCUAACUAUGGCUCAUAGUAAACAAACUUGUUCCGUUUUUAAUUGUUCAUCGAUAAGAAAAAAGAAUCCUGAUUUAAGUUUUCACCUUUUUCCUAAAGAGGAUGAGAAAAUUCGUGUGCUGAAUGACUUUGGAAUUGCAGAGGUGUGUGAUCGCCGAAAACUAUGGGGAAUGAAACUUAAAAUCGAAAAAAAAAUUAACAACAGCAUGGCGGUGUGUUCAAGGCAUUUUACACAAGACGAUUAUGAAUGCUCAGGUUGGAGCAGCCAAAACCGUUUGAAACCAACUGCAGUACCAUCCAGAAAUUUACCAUCAAGUACUUUGGAUAUUACAACAGCAUUAAUUGAUUCAGGCCACUUUAUGAUGAACUACGUUAAACGACGCCAAGUACGGGUGCGACAAUUUAACUGUGAAAUCGAAAACAUUGAAAUCUAUUCUUGUAAGUAUUGUUUGUUCCAAACCGAAAUUUCAAUAUUGUUUAAACAACACAUCCAAGACCAUGAUUCGGUUAAGCGAGACAAAAUAAGGGAGAAUUACACAGUUAAGACUUAUAUUUGUAAGAAAUGUCAAUUCGAAACCUAUUUUGCUCUAAAGUGGUUGCAGCAUACUGCGACAUGCGUGGUAAAGAAAAAAAAUCAGAUAAUAAACACCAAGUGCCAAAACUGUCCAGAUGAAAUCAAAGAAAAAUCCACCGUAAGUGUGCAAAGCUCCAUUAAAUGGCACCAAUGUGAAAAAUGCCCAUUCCAUACUACACACAAAGGCACCUUAAAAAACCACAUAAUCGCCCGCCAUUUAAACGCAGAAGACAUAAAAUGGUACAAAUGUGAGGAAUGUCCAUUCCAAACUAAGAUGAAAGGCAACUUGAAACUUCACGUGAUCGCUCGCCACUUGAACGAAGAAGACAUAAAGUGGUACAAAUGUAAAAAGUGUCCAUACAAAGGUAAAAGAAGCUCAAACUUGAAUCAACACAUCAAUGCCGCUCAUUCAGAUGAACAAUACAUAAAGUGGUACCAGUGCACAAAAUGUUCGUACAGAAGCAAACAUUCGGGGCAUUUAGAACGUCACAAGGCCACUCACACUUACGAGUGUGAGCAGUGUCCGUUCAGAACUAAAAAUACGUCGUCUUUGCACAAGCAUGUAAAUUCGCAGCAUUCGGAUAAAUGCGAAAUCAAGUGGUUUCAGUGUGAUGUGUGUCCCUAUAAAGCGAAAAGGAAGUUCCAUUUGAAGAGACAUGUGAGUGCACGACAUUUGGAGGCCACGUGAAACCAACAAAACUCUUAAAACGCAUCGAUUGUGGUGUAUAAAGCUAAAAAGUGUCUUUGGUUGGUGUGGCCGUAUUGUGUGUUGCAUACAUCAAUGUCAAGUUUGAGGUUAUGUAUCAUUAAUUAUAAGACCGUGAUUAUAAGUAACAUUUCAACAUUAUUUUAAUUUUAUAAUGUUGUAUUUUUUCAAAUUAAACACAAAUUUUUGGUUUAUGAUGUUUUACUGAUCUUGCGACGAGCAGUUUCUUUGAAUUAAAAAAAAAGUUGAAUUGUGUGUUGCAUACCUGUUAGUUCAAUC